UUAUUAUUAUUUCAUUUUAUUUCUGUUUUUCUAAAAAGGGCAGAGAAGAAAAAGAGAUACUCCAGUCUCCAGCUCCAAAUAUAAGAGAACGUUUUGUUUUUAAGCGGCAAUUCGAAGCAGAUUCUUCUCCGUUUUCCCAUCUCUUCUCUGCUUAUUCAAUUUUACAAUUUACUCUCUUAUUCUCAGAUUCUGUGUGAGAUUCAUGGUUUUUCUUAAUCUUGUACCUCCAAUUGCGGACUUGCUUUCUCCAGGAUCACAGGGAUGAUUUUCUGGACAAACAAUUAGGAUUCUACACAGUGCUACUCCAGUUGACAGUUCCAUUGCUGAGAAGUUGCUAAAUUUUUGUGAGGAUUCAACUUCCUUGGAGGGAUUUUAAUUCGAAAUCCACCGAAGGCUUCAUUUUAUAAUUUCUGAUGGAGCUUCCUCAACCUCCCCGUCUCCGGACCGAAGGACGGAAACCAACGCACGACUUUGUGUCUCUCUAUGGUCAUUCAACCGUCCACCAACAAGAUCAUCCAUCGCAGUCCCUUCAAGGAGGAUAUCUUAAGACGCAUGAUUUUCUCCGGCCGUUGGAACGGGUUGGAAAGUCAUGUGCCAAGGAAGAGAAGACAAUUAGUGUGUCCACUGCGGAACGAGCUGAGCCACCGCUGGCAACUGCAGCACAUAAUUCUCCUGUCGAGUGUGUUUUACCAGGUGGAAUUGGGACUUACAAUAUAAGCCACAUUUCUUAUUUCAACCAGAGGGGGGUUCCAAAGCCAGAAGGAUCGGUAUUUUCAGCCGCCCAGGCGAGUAGUACUGACAAAAGUGACGACAACUCCCGUUGUAGCUCUUUGUCUGGAAGUGGUUUCACGUUGUGGGAGGAAUCUGCAGUUAAAAAGGGAAAGACAAGGAAGGAGAAUUUAGGUGAAAAGGCCGGUUUAAGGGCAGAACCACCGGCGAAGGUUGAGCAAUGGACCGUUUCAACGGAGCGGCCAACACAAUCAUCAUCAAGCAACCAUCGCAACAGUUUCAACUCUCUCGCUUCGUCCCAGCCGCCUUCAGGCCAGCAGAACCGGAGUUUUGGUGAGAUGUUGAAGUCCGUAGUCAAGGUUUCCUCUGAGGAAGAGGAACUAGAUGACGGCAAAGCAUUUGUUAUUAAGAAGGAAUCAUCGCCAUCCACUGCCUAUAAAGGUGAAUUGAGGAUGAAUAUUGGUGGAAAAUGCUCUGAUCAGAAGGCUAACACGCCGAGAUCCAAACAUUCUGUAACAGAACAGCGCCGAAGGAGCAAAAUUAAUGACAGGUUUCAGAAGUUGAGAGAGAUUAUUCCUCGUAGUGAUCAGAAGAGAGACAAGGCAUCAUUUUUGUUAGGGGUUAUCGAGUACAUUCAGUUUUUACAAGAAAAGGUUCGCAAGUAUGAAAGCUCACCACCGCAAGGAUGGUACCGUGAACCAGCGAAAUUAAUCCCCGUUAGAAACAAUUGCAAUCCAGCACAAUGUUACAUUGAUCAAUCUCAAGUAGCAAAGAGAGGCCCUGUGUUUCUAUUUUCUGGGUCCAACGAGAAAAGUAUGUCUCACUCCCCUGCAUUUCCUCGGUGCUCGCACAACCCAGUAGAAUCUGAAGUUAGUACAUCCACCGCCUUCAGAGAAGCAGAUCAUCAUCCUGGAACAGCCAACAAAACUACAUCUUAUCAAAUGUUGCAGCCUCGCAAUUACACACCUGUCAUAAGUGAAGGUGAAAGAACUGAACUCCAAUCUCAAAUGGCAUAUAAUGCAGACAACAAACCAUGUGAGAUGAGAUCGUUUAAUACUGAUAUUGCUGCCGGUGGUAAUAAUCUGAAAGAACCAGAGCAGAGCAUUGAAGGUGGUAGAAUUAGCAUCUCGAGUGCAUAUUCUCAAGGGUUACUAAAAAUUCUCACACAAGCGCUACAGCGUUCUGGAGUGGAUAUGUCACAGGCCAGCAUCGCUGUACAAAUAGAGCUUGGAAAGAGGACAAAUUAUAGAGAAACUGUCACCAGGCCUGCUAUUGUGGAUGAUUCGUCUCGCCCAAGUGAGAGAGGGAUCCUUGGUACCAGAGGUGCAGCGGCAGAGGACUUGGAGCAGGCCAUCAGCAAGAAGCAAAAGACAUAAAAGAGAUGAUAUAACGAGUAUGCUCCAGUCGAUUCAUUUUAUUAUAACAUCAUUUCAUUUUUACGUCCCACGAGGGCUUUGUUGCCUCUAUAAUUAUUUGGGACUCUAUGCAUAUGGCCCAAGAUUGAUUGUACAUUAUGGUAGUUCAUUUCUUUGUUUUUUUUAGUAUAUGAUGUGUAAUUAUGAGAACAAAAUAUUGUAUGGGCAGCCACUUCUUCUGUGCUCA